AAAAACAACAUUGAAUUUCGACAGAAUCCUAGCGCGAGUUUGACUCGCACAUAACCAACCUCUAAACAACAAAAGAAAAAUAAUAUCAGAUUAGAUUCUCCUUGCAAGAAGCGCGAAAUCGUUUCUGCCAUAGAGUUGUCACAAUGACAAUAAAAUAAUGCUAUUUGUUAAAUGUUUAUUGAAUGUUUUACGAAUACGAUAAUUAAAACGUUAAAUAAACUUAUUGAGUAUUUUAACUAUUGAGCAUUACCAUUUAUAGGGGGCACGGUUCGUAAAAUUGUUUCCACAAUGGAAAACCGAGGUCAUAAAAAGAGACAAAGAAGUGAAAAUUGGUUCAAGCAAGACAAGCUACUAUUGACGGAGCUGGUCAAAGUAAGAGUUUCGGAUAUAGAAAAUAAAAACACUGAUACGAAUACCAAUACGAAAAAGCAUGCAGCCUGGGUAGACUUGCAAAACAGUUUCAACAACAUGUGCGCUGGCGGUAAACGCACCAUAUCACAAUUAAAAUCGCAAUGGGGCAUUAUAAAAAUGAACACGAAGAGAAUGAAAAUUGAGGAGAGGAAGCAUGCUACUGCAAGUUGCGGCGAUCCAGUGUCACACGAGAGCCCUGACAAAGUAGAUGAUGUUAACACCUUGGUACCGUUCGAAUUUAUGCUAGAAACGAAUAAAUCUAACCACGAUGUCAAUCAUCAGGUGAAACCUAAAGAACUAGAGAGAUCGUCAUCUACAGAUUCAAUUAAAUUAGUAAUAAACGAGGAUGAAAUUAUAAUAGAGGACAUUCCACCUUCUAGACAAAGAGAGGAUACAACAGAAGAAGUUUUAAAUAAGAACAAUCAAAAAGACAAUGAGUAUAUGUCUCCAAGUGAUAAGAAAAAACAGAAAGCGUCUGGAAACAAGGUGAGCAGCAAAUAUUUUUAACCAAAAAUUAUAGUAACUUUACGGAAUAUUUCAUAGCUACCUACUUACAUACAUACAUACAU